AUGGAUAUCCAUCAGCAAUUGGGCCCGCCCGCACAGGCAAAGUCGGAUCAUCUCGCCACGACCAAGCCCCAAGAUGCCAAACCGCGCCUGCUCCUAAUGGGACUUCGCCGGAGCGGCAAGUCGUCCAUCGCCAGUGUUGUUUUCCAUAAGAUGCCCCCGAACGAAACCCUUUUCCUUGAGUCGACGACUCGCAUCCAAAAAGAUUCAAUUCACUCUUUCAUGGACUUCCAGGUCUGGGAUUUCCCCGGUCAGCUGGAGUACCUCGAGCCAUCGUUUGAUCUCGAAGAUAUCUUUGGCAGCCUUGGUGCGCUGGUAUGGGUUAUCGAUGCCCAGGAUGACUAUCUGGACUCUGUGGCUCGCCUGAACCGCACCAUUCUGACAGUUCAGCAAUACUACCCCAACAUCAAUAUUGAAGUCUUUAUCCACAAGGUCGAUGGUCUUUCAGACGAAUAUCGCACAGAUACCUUCCAAGACAUAGUGCAGCGAAUCUCAGAUGAGCUGAGUGACGCGGGUUACGAGAACGCUCCGGUGCACUACUACCUGACCUCAAUCUACGACUACUCGGUCUUCGAGGCAUUCAGCAAAGUCAUCCAGAAGCUGAUCCCGAAUCUCUCAACUCUGGAGAAUCUGAUCAACACGCUCGCCAAUAAUUGUGGAUUUGAAAAGACAUAUCUCUUUGACGUUCUGAGCAAAAUCUACAUUGCUUCUGACACUCGUCCGGUAGACAUGUCGUGUUAUGAAAUGUGCUCGGACUACAUUGACGUGAUUGUCGAUGUCUCCGAGCUGUAUUCGUGGGACCACCCGGAUCGCAAACCUAAAGGAGAUCAAAUCCAGGAGGCAGAAAGCCACGUUGUCCUACACGAUGAGACCAUGAUACAUUUGAUGGAGAUGAACAAAUAUUUGUGCCUGGUCUCCGUGAUUCGAAAUCCAGAAGCAAAGGAAAAGAAGGGGCUCAUAGACAUGAAUUGCCUUGGGAGCAACAUGAGGACGCAGAUCAAACAGACGAACCACAGACACAACCUCAGCUUGUCGAGCCAGGGCCGAGAAGCUGAGCACUAA